UGCAGUGAGGAGGAGGCGUAUCCACACUGGACUGUAAUAACAGGUUUGAUGCUGGCAGACAAACACUGAUGUGUCUCUUCUGGGACAGAUAAUUUCAACACACUUAUUUGGAGGAUCUUACAGUAAAGCCAUGGUUCACCUGUCGGUGGGGUUGUUGUUAAUGUUUUCUGUCCAGAGCUCAGCACUCACCUCCCAAAAUGGCUCGGAGCUCCUGCCACGGACUUUUUCUGGUCACUUUAUACUAGUCACAGAUGAGCCUGUAGACUACAUUGACCUGUCAGUGUCAGACAGAUUGAACGAUGACUCGGGGUCUGGCUCAGAAUCGGAGCAGGAGCCAGCAAAAAAACACAGCCACCGUGGCCACCACCGUGACACACACCACCCUCCCCAGAAGCACUAUUUUGUCUCAGAGGAGGCUAAAGGUUUCCUCCAGGGUCGCCUAGCAACGAGCUUUGUCCCGACCGUUUACACCCUCGUCUUCAUCAUCAGUGUGCCCCUCAACCUCGUUUCUGUGGUAAUGUUUGUGCACCACAUCCGUCCCAGAAAACCAGCAGUGAUCUACAUGCUGAACCUGGCCUGCGCUGACCUGCUGUUCGGCCUGCUCCUUCCCUUCAAGAUUGCCUACCAUUACCAUGGCAACAACUGGAUCUAUGGCUCCUUCAUGUGCAGAGUUGUCACAGCAGCCUUCUACUGCAACAUGUACUGCUCUGUCCUGCUCAUGGCGUGCAUCAGCAUUGACCGUUUCCUGGCUGUGGUUUACCCCAUGAAAUCCCUGACAUGGCGCAGCCCUCAGACAGCUUCAGCUGUGUGCGCUGCCAUGUGGCUGUUAGCCCUCGGAGGAGUAUCCCCUCUGCUGAUCUCAGGACAGACCAUGUAUUUACCAGACCUGGGCAUCACCACCUGUCAUGAUGUGCAGGAUGUGGAAAAACUACAAGAUUACUAUCUUUACUUCUUCCCUGUCUACUCCUCCAUCUUCUUCUUCAUCCCUCUUGUUUUCACUGUUGUCUGUUAUGUGCGUAUUAUCCAGGCUCUGGCAGCUGCCAACAUGGAGAGCCGCUCCAGGAGGACACGGGCCAUGGUGAUGGCUGUGAUCGUGCUGGUGGUGUUUGUGGUCUGCUUCACUCCCACCAACAUCAUCCUGAUGGUUCACUAUGUUCAGCUGUCCCACAAGUCCAGUGACAGUUCCUACCAGGCGUACCUGCUCUCUAUGUGUAUAGGCAGCCUCAGCUGCUGUCUGGAUCCAGUCCUCUAUUACUUUGGCUCCUCUCAGUGCCAGAAGCAGGUGGCGGCGCUAUUCAGAUGUAGGCAACUGACACGGGUGAAGAGCAGCUCAGAGACACAAAGUACAAGAACCAGUGGGCUCACAGAUAGCAGCAGGUUAUGUAAGAUGGAGAGCGAUCAAACUGGCCUGGGGAGCCAUUACAGCCGGUUGGUGGCUUAAGUGUCACGGACGUGAGGAGUCCGCCUCUGACAGACUUCAAACUUGCACACACACCCACAGUAUAGUCUCUCAAUAUGCAUUUGAAACAUUAAAAAGCAAAUGCUUGGAUUGAUCCAAAAGAAAUACCCAAACUAUAUCUGUUUAACCCAUUUACUGUUGCAAAUAUACUGUGUAGUUUUGAAAAAAUAAUGUUUUUGGUGUAUCCAGUGCCUUGUAGCUCGGGAUUUGUUUUCAUUUGAGUUGGCUUAUUGGAUGUAAUAACUGUUUACAUUAAAAGCAAGUUCAUUUUUUGGUAUUUG